AUGGAUGCAGAGAUGGCGUCCUGGAAGUCCACAGGCACCUACGUUGACGCGGUUCCCCCUCCUGGGGCGAACAUCGUCAGUGGCAUGUGGAUCUUCAGGGUGAAGCGGCCGCCGGGCUCUCCACCUGUCUUCAAGGCGCGGUACGUCGCUCGUGGCUUCACCGCUCAGCGCGACUACGAGCUCCACUCUCUUGACUUCAGCACUGCUUUCUUGCAGGGUAGCCUGCACGAGGAGAUCUGGCUGCGCCGUCCACCUGGCUUCACUGGGACUUUCCCUACUGGCACCCAGUGGAGCCUCCGACGGCCAGUCUACGGUCUCCGCCAGGCACCGCGUGAGUGGCACGACACACUGAGGACUACGCUUGCGGCUCUUGGGUUUGCUCCCUCUACGGCUGACCCGUCGUUGUUUCUGCGCACCGACACUUCUUUGCCGCCGUUCUACAUCCUCGUGUACGUCGACGACUUGGUCUUUGCCACAGCUGACACUGCUGGACUCGCCCACGUGAAGUCCGAGCUGCAGAAGAGACACACGUGCACAGACCUGGGUGAACUGCGCAGCUACCUUGGCUUGCAGAUCACUCGGGACAGAGCACGCCGCACCAUUACCUUGACUCAGUCACACAUGGUGCAGCAGGUCCUUCAGCGCUUCGGCUUCACGUACUCCUCGCCUCAGGCCACUCCUCUGUCUACUCGCCACUCGCUCUCAGCUCUGCCUUCGGAUGAGUCCGUAGAGUCGAGUGGCCCGUACCCAGAGCUUGUUGGCUGCCUCAUGUACCUGAUGACCUGCACACGACCUGACCUUGCAUACCCUCUUAGCAUUCUUGCACGCUAUGUUGCUCCUGGGAGACACCGACCAGAGCACAUGGCUGCAGCGAAGAGGGUGUUGCGCUACUUGUGCAGUACGUCGGGCAUGGGGCUAGUGCUUGGAGGGCGGAGUCCAGUGGUCCUCACUGGGCACGCGGACGCUUCUUGGGCUGACGACCAGGCUACGCAGCGGUCGUCGCAGGGUUACACCUUCAGUCUUGGUUCCGGCUCUGUCUCGUGGCGGGCUACUCGCUCGUCCUCUGUUCUCGGCUCCAGUUGUGAGGCUGAGAUCUACGCCGGGGCCAUGGCUGCACAGGAGCUUCGCUGGCUCACCUACCUGCUGACUGACCUUGGAGAGCAGCCUCGUUCUCCUCCAGUGCUGUACGUAGAUAACAAGGCCAUGCUGGCCUUGUGUCGAGAGCAGCGCUUGGAGCACAGAACGAAGCACAUUGCUCUCCGUUACUUUCUUGCUCGUGAGCUGCAGCAGCGUGGUCAGUUGCGACUUGCGUACGUGGCCUCUGAGGCCAACACUGCUGAUGUGUUCACCAAGGCACUUGCGCCUUGUGACCAUCAGCGCUUCUGCACUCAGCUGGGUCUUGUACCUGUCUUGCCUCACUUGCUCUCCUCUUGA